UUUUUCGAAAACAAAGUUGGCAACAUUGCUUUUGCUUUUCUACUUCAAAAGUCACUUCAUACAUUAAAACAAUAAAAAGUCGCAAAUUGUCGAAGACAAUAGUGUAACACCUAACCAAUAUCGAAACCAGCAAUUCAUCAUUAGAUGAACAUAACAAAAAAGUACUUCUAUCCUCACCACAUAUAAUGGAUAUCGACGAAAAUUCAGGUCAAGGGCCUCCAAGUCAAGGAGGUGACAUAGAUACAUCAUUCCUACAACAAUUCAGCUGUUUAGGAACAACGGAUCACGAUGAGUUGAUCGUACAGCUACAAAAAGUGUUGGGAAACCAACUGAAUUAUACCACAGCCAGAUUUUUCCUGGACAUGAACAAUUGGAAUCUACAAGCCGCCGUUGGUUGUUACUUCGAUUUCAAUUCAGGCCAGAAGUUACCGUCCAUGCGUAUUGUCGAAGACAUAACUUUUGGAUACAACGAAGCGGUUGACAUGAAUACAAAUUUCGUUCAGUCGUGGCGAAUUCAAAAUAAUGGCGAUGAAGUGUGGCCGAACGGUUGUUAUUUGAAGUGUACAUCAAAUUAUAAUCAACCGGAUACGCCAGUUCAUUCAUUGCAACCGGGAGAAGAAACUGUGAUAUCGGUUACACUUACCAGUCCUGAUUUCUCACAAUCAUUUCAAACGAAAUGGAGGCUAUGCACAUCAUAUGGUUCUUAUUUUGGCGAUACCAUGUGGUCGAUUGUGCAGGUCAAAGAAUCUGGAACUUUAGCCUUAACACAACAGCUACUGGCAUUAAGAGCAAAUAAUUUAGAAAGCAGUACAACUCAGUCUGGAGCGGAAUCUAUGGAGGACGUUCAAAAUGUGCCACCGACAACAUACUUCAACGCGGAAAAUCCAUAAAAAAAAUCGAAAAAUGUAAACAUGAAAUCUUGUGGCAAAAUAAGACUGAUGAUUGUUACAAAAUUUAAAAAAGAAAAGAA